GCACGACCUACGUUUCCAGACAUUUUUCAGUCAAACAAAUGGGAAAGCUGAGGUAAGACGCUAACUAAAUUCUCAAUCGAGACCUGGAAUAACAUACUUGGCUUAUCUUAUAACCUGGGAAUCUAAAGUGAUGGCUGAAGCAAUACCUCUGCGAGAAAAGAAGCAGAAAACUCUACCUCGAUCUGAUGGGUGUGGUCUGAAUAACUUUGAUGCUCUGGAUCUGUCUGGCGGCCUGAGAAUAGUCCUGGUGGGGAAAACUGGUUCAGGAAAGAGCGCAACAGGAAACACCAUACUCGGCAGGGCUGCCUUCAGAGAGGAUCCGAGCCCUGUGUCGGUGACCAAACACUGCGAGACACAGAGCGGGUACGUGGACGGGACAGCGGUGCAGGUCAUUGACACGCCCGGCCUGUUUGACACGGCCAUCACAGAGGAGGAGUUAAAGUCAAGGAUAGAGGAAUGUGUCAAGAUGUCAGUGCCGGGCCCUCACGCCUUCCUCUUAGUGAUCAGGCUCGGUGUGAGGUUCACAGAGGAGGAGAGAAAUGCUGUGAAGUGGAUCCAGAACAACUUUGGCGACGACGCGUCCAUGUACACCAUCAUGUUGUUUACGUGCAAAGACCAGGCCAAAGCUGACAACGCCCUGAAGGAGUGCAAGGAGCUGCGCAGACUCUCCAUCACGUUCGGACGCAGAUACCACGCCUUCAACAACAACGACGCAGACGACCCGGUCCAGGUCAAAGAGCUGGUCACCAUGAUCAAGGAGAUGAUACAAGACAACGGCGGCAAACACUACACCAAUGAAAUGUACGAGAGAGCGCAGAGCAAGCUGAAAGAGGAGGAGGAGCGGAAGAAGCAAGAGGAGGAGGAGAAGAAGGAGGAGGAGAGAAAAAUAUGGGACGGAGAAAGAGAGAAGCAGGAGAAGGAGAGGCAAAAGCAGAAGAAGGUUAAAAAAAAGAACGUCUGCGUGGCCUCGGCGGCCGCUGUGGUGCUGGUGUUGGCGGGCGUGGUGAUAGCGGUGGGCGCCAACACCACAGUGGCGCUGGCUCUGGGAGCACCUGCACUCGUCCUGGGAGUCUUGUGUGGCCUAGCUGCCUUUUGUUUGUGGAAAGGAAUCCGCUGCAAAGCCAAAACCGAUUUUCCUGUUUAGACGGCGGUCUUUGCAAAGAACACGUUGUGACACCUGCAGCUUGUGCUAAACGCGAAGCAAACACACUGUUUGAUUUCUUGCAAACCGCAGAAAUGUUCAUCGUAAAUUCACAGGAGAUUUACUGGCUAACAAUUACAUUACCUUCACGGUAACAUUUACAGUGGUUUACUGUGAAGUAUCUUCACAGCAAUUUACUGUAACUACAGAGCUGGGACUUUACAGUUAAUUAUAAUAAAGUUACAACUAAAUGCUGUAACUUCACAAUUGUCAUUUUAUAGAUAUUUAAAGGCCUACUGAAAUGAGAUUUCCUUAUUUAAACGGGGAUAGCAGGUCCAUUCUAUGUGUCGUACUUGAUCAUUUCGCGAUAUUGCCAUAUUUUUGCUGAAAGGAUUUGGUAGAGAACAUUGACGAUAAAGUUCACAACUUUUAGUCGCUAAUAAAAAAGCCUUACCUUUACAGGAAGUAGCAGACGAUGUGCGCGUGACGUCACCGGUUAUAGAGCUCCUCACAUCCUCACAUUGUUUAUAAUGUGAGCCUCCAGCAGCAAGAGCUAUUUGGACCGAGAAAGCGACAAUUUCCCAAUUAAUUUGAGCGAGGAUGAAAGAUUCGUGGAUAAGGAAAGUUAGAGUGAAGAAUUCAAAUUUUUUUUUUUUUUAAAGCGACGGCUCCAGGCGGCGGUGGGACUGUUUCAGAUGUAAUUAGACACAUUUACUAGGAUAAUUCUGGAAGAUCCCUUAUCUGCUUAUUGUUUUAAUAGUGUUUUAGUGAGAUUGUAAAGAAAUACCUGAAAGUCGGAUGACCGCUGUGAACGCCAGUGUCUCUCAGAGAAGCCGAUGGAGGAGCCAAGAUCACAGCUGCCUAUUUGAGCUGCAGGAGGAGGUCGCAUAAUCCACUGAAGGCUCCGGUAAGAGCCGACUUAAUAACACAAUUUUCCCAUCCAAAAAACUUGCUGGUUGACGUAGAAAACAUGUUCGCUUGACUGCUCUGUGUUAAAGCUUCAAAACAAAAAAAGAAACACAGGCUUUGUCUCGGUUGCUAAAGGCAGCUGCAAUCCACCGCUUUCCACCAACAGCAUUGUUCAUUAUAGUCUCCAUUAUUAUUUGAACAAAUUGCAAAAGAUUCAGCAACACAUGUCCAAAUUACUGUGUGAUUAUGCGAUGAAAAGAGACGACUUUUAGCCGUGUGUGGUGCUGGGCUAAUAUGUCCGCUACAACCCGAGACGUCACAAACCCGCGUCAUCAUUCCGACGUUUUCAACAAGAAACUCUGCGGGAAAUUUAAAAUUGUAAUUUAGUAAACUAAACCGGCCAUAUUGGCAUGUGUUGCAACGUUAAUAUUUCAUCAUUGAUAUAUAAACUAUCAGACUGCGUGGUCGGUAGUAGUGGGUUUCAGUAGGCCUUUAAAAUAAGAUUACAACUAUAUGCUGUAACUUCACAAUUGUAAUGCUAUUGCAAAUUUCUUUCUCGUUUUGGCAGCAUACCGUCACCUACUGUGCAAUUUAGUCUACAGAACGCCUUCAGAGACAAAUACAUUUUGAAUUUACAGUAAUCUGUUGUGAUAUUACACUACAUUUUGACUACAGUAUUUUAGUGGGGAAAAAUGCUGUUAAAUGCUGUGAAAUCCUGGUAAUUUUCCGCAGUCUAAAUCAGUGAAUUAUGUGGGUAAGGAAAUUAUGUGGGGCUUCACGGUGGCAGAGGGGUUAGUGCGUCUGCCUCACAAUACGAAGGUCCUGCAGUCCUGGGUUCAAAUCCAGGCUCGGGAUCUUUCUGUGUGGAGUUUGCAUGUUCUCCCCGUGAAUGCGUGGGUUCCCUCCGGGUACUCCGGCUUCCUCCCACUUCCAAAGACAUGCACCUGGGGAUAGGUUGAUUGGCAACACUAAAUUGGCCCUAGUGUGUGAAUGUGAGCGUGAAUGUUGUCUGUCUAUCUGUGUUGGCCCUGCGAUGAGGUGGCGACUUGUCCAGGGUGUACCCCGCCUUCCGCCCGAUUGUAGCUGAGAUAGGCGCCAGCGCCCCCCGUGACCCCGAAAGGGAAUAAGCGGUAGAAAAUGGAUGGAUGGAUGGAUGGAAAUUAUGUGAUUUUGCAAUUAAACAAUUUUCUCAGAACUGCAGCACCACAUGAUGCUGACUUUUUUUUGAUAAUGUUUAUUUAAAAAAACAGUUAUACUUGACUAGAUAUUUCAGUAACAGUGUGACUCUUGACUAAUGGAGCAAUACAUUACUAUAAUUUAGUUUUUCAAAACUGAUGAUUUUAGUCUUGUGAACAAAUGAGCGAGCAACUUGUCGAACAGUUUAAAAACAACAUUUCGACAAGUUAUUGCAAGGAAUUUAGGGAUUUCACAGACUACGGGAGGGGUCCCCAAACUUUUUGACCCGGGGGCCGCAUUGAGUUAAAAUAAUUUGGCCGCGGACCGGGCUGUUUAUAUAUAUAUAUAUAUAUAUAUAUAUAUAUAUAUAUAUAUAUAUAUGAAUGAUAUCAUAUAAUCGAUUGGAAAAUGCAUUUUUAGACAAUUCGAUGUGCCUGAGCAGCUAGGAGAAAAAAAUAAUAUAAAAAAAUAAUAAAACAUAAUUAUAAAACAUUUAACUUGGGACUUCCCGUGGGCCAGAUUGUCGAACAGUUUAAGAACGACAUUUCUAGAUGAGCUAUUGCAAGGAAUUUAGGGAUUUCACCAUCUACGGUCUGUAAUAUCGUUUAAAGGUUCAGAGAAUCUGGAGAAAUCCCUGCCACGUAAGCGAUGGUAAUACGGACCUUCGAUCCCUCAGGCGGCACUGCAUCACAAAGCGACAUCAGUGUGUAAAGGAUAUCACCACAUGGUCUCGGUAACACUUCAGAAAACCACUGUCAGUACCUACUGUUUGCCGCGACAUCUGUAAGUGCAAGUUAAAACUCUGCUAUGCAAAGCGAAAGCCAUUUAUCAUCAAUAAAGUUCCAACUAUAUGCUGUAACUUCACAAUUGUAAUUCUAUUGCUAGUUUCUCUCUCGUUUUGACAGCAUACCGCCACCUACCGUGCAAUGUAGUAUUAAGAGACACAUUUUUUUAAUAUAUAGGAAUAUGUUGUGAUAUUACAGUACAUUUUCAAUACAGUAUUUAACUGCAGAAAAAUGCUGUUAAAUGCUGUGAAAUCCUGGUAAUUUUUCGCAGUCUAAAUCAGUGAAUUAUGUGGGAAAUUAAAUUAUGUGAUUUUGCAAUUAAAUAAUUUUCUCAAAACUGCAGCACCACAUAUUGACCUUUUUUUUUCAUGUUAAUUUAAAAAAACAAUUAUACUUAAAUUGAAAUUUCAGUAACAGUGUGACUUUUCACUAAUGGAGCAAUACAUUACAAUAAUUUAAUGUGUCAAAACUGAUGAUUUUAGUCUUGUGAACAAAUGCAUGAGAAAAUUGUCAUACAGUUUAAGAACAGCAUUUCUCGACGAGCUAUUGCAAGGAAUUUAGGGAUUUCACCAUUUACGGUCUGUAAUAUAAUUUAAAGGUUGAGAGAAUCUGGAGAAAUCGAUCCCUCAGGCGGUACUGCAUCAAAAAGCGACAUCAGUGUGUAAAGGAUAUCAGCACAUGGGCUCAGGAACACUUCAGAAAACCACUGUCAGGAACUACAGUUUGUCGCUACUUUCUGUAAGUGCAAGUUAAAACUCUACUAUGCAAAGCGAAAGCCAUUUAUCCACAAUAAAGUUCCAACUGUAUGCUGUAACUUCACAAUUGUAAUUCUAUUGCUAAUGGCUCUCACGUUUGACAGCCUACCGCCACCUACUGUGCAAUGUAGUCUACAGAACGCCUUCAGAAACAAAUACAUUUGAAUUUACAAUAAUCUGUUGUGAUAUUACAGUACAUUUUAUUACGGAAAAAUGCUGUUAAAUGCUGUGAAAUCCUUGUCAUUUUCCGCAGUCUAAAUCAGUGAAUUAUGUGGGUAAGGAAAUUAUGUGCUUUUGCAAUUAAACAAUUUUCUCAGAACUGCAGUUCCACAUGAUGACUUUUUUUUUAAUGUUUAUCUAAAAAAAAAAAAGAUAUUUCAGUAACAGUGUGACUCCUGACUAAUGGAACACAUUACAUUACAAUAAUUUAAUGUGUCAAAACUGAUGAUUUCAGUCUUUUGAACAAUUGUGUAAGCAAAUUGUCGAACAGUUUAAGAACAACAUUUCUAGACGAGCUAUUGCAAGGAAUUUAGGGAUUUCACCAUCUACGGUCCGUAAAAUCAUCAAAAGGUUCAGAGAAUCUGGAGAAAUCACUGCACGUAAGCGAAGAUAUUACAAACUUUCAAUCCCUCAGGCGGUACAGCAUCAAAAAGCGACAUCAGUGUGUAAAGGUGUUAGAAUAACUAUAUAUAUAUAUAUUAUCACACUAACUUUAGUAUGCUUAAAGUGUGGUGCUUUAGUUAAUAGCUAUUGUGCUCAAGUUAGACUAUUUUCAAAUCUAUGCAAGGACAAAACUUCUUGUCUGACGGCUGUCCUCAGCCACAGAUGUUAUCAUUGUUUUGGCCCGCUGGUAGCCAAGGACUUCAGGGACCUCGGCAGGGAUGGAAUGACAGCACGCAGACGAGACAGAGACUUCAAGGAUCUCAAUGAAGAUUAGAUGACAACACACAGAUGAAGCGGAGACAAGGCGAAAUCACAUUCCAUCACGUACUGUGCGUCCUGGACCUGCUUUGCAUAAUAUAUAUGACCACUUCUUUUAGAGGCAGCCUCAGUGAUGUUGACUAUGGAACUCUGAAUAAAAAGAGAACCCGGGAACUGGAUCUUAAAGCGUAGGGCGAGACUGUGACUAAGUGUGCAGUGCCCGCGUUCUCCUCAUGAGCCAUAUUUAACUCAGUGUCUGCUUGGUUCCUUGCUUCUUGUCUGAUUAAUAAAUGCCAUCAGUGUU